CUCUCUCUCUCCUGGUUUCAGAACCAAAAGAGAAAGGAGAGGAAAAAAGAAAAAAACCCUAGCUCCUCCUUGCAAUUGAAAUCGCCGGAUUCUCAUUCUCCAAACCCACGCACCUCUCUCUCUCUCUCUCUGCACCGUCUAUCUGGUUGGCCGUACCCUCGAUCGGCCACAGUUCCAGGAAGCACGAAGGGUAUUAGGUUGACACAACCAGAAUCUUCUUGAAGGGUGCUGGGGUUCCCAUCGAUGGGUGCUCCCAAACAGAAAUGGACGUCAGAGGAAGAAUCUGCCCUCAAAGCUGGAGUGGUUAAGCAUGGGGCAGGCAAAUGGCGUACGAUACUAAAAGACCCAGAGUUCAGUGGCAUCUUGUCUUUGCGCUCAAACGUGGAUCUCAAGGACAAGUGGCGGAACAUGAGCGUGACAGCAAAUGGGUGGGGAUCUCGGGAGAAGGCUAGACUAGCUUUGAAAAGGAGCCAACAGAUCCCUAGGCCUGACGAUAACCAUAUGGCCCUUAGUACAGUGGAUGGGAGCCUUGACGAAGAAAUUGUGGAUGCUAAGCCACUGGCAAUCUCAAAUGAGACAUUGCAGAUUACUGGCCCAAAGAGAUCAAUUUCAAGGCUUGACAAUCUCAUAAUGGAAGCUAUAACCAAUUUGAAGGAGCCGAGCGGGUCUAACAAAACAGCAAUUGCUAUAUAUAUAGAGGACCAGUACUGGACACUGCCGAAUUUUAAGAGGCUCUUGUCUGCAAAAUUGAAGGCUUUGACAGCAAGUGGGAAGUUGAUUAAGGUAAAGCGCAAGUACCGGAUUGCACCUGUUUCAGCCUUUUCAGAAGGGAGAAGCUCUGGGAUGCUUCUCCUGGAGGGAAGGCCGAGGGAUUCUCUCAGGGUAGAAAAGGAAGAUUUCAGGCUUCUUACUAAAUUUCAGAUUGACGCAGAGCUAGCAAAGAUGAGGACUAUGACUGCACAGGAGGCAGCAGCUGCUGCUGCUCAAGCAGUUGCGGAGGCAGAAGUUGCCAUGGCAGAAGCAGAAGAAGCGGCGAGAGAAGCAGAGGCGGCAGAGGCUGAUGCAGAAGCAGCACAAGCUUUUGCUGAAGCGGCAAUGAUGACGCUGAAAAGCAGAAACUCGUCGAAGCUGAUGGUUCCAGGUUGACAGAAAUGCCACAGCCCAAUUUUUUUUUCCAUUAACUGAUGAAUGGUUGCAUUUUCUCGACGCUAAACUGAUUUCCAGGUGCUUCUUCCUUUCAUCAACUUGUUGUAAAUAUGGUAAGGCUUGUAUAGCUCUAAUAAAAAUGCAGGAUCCUUCCAUGCUGACGGCUUCAGGAGCUUUGGUCGGAUUUUACCUGGUGGUUCUCGAAAAUCAUAUGACUUGGCAUCAGACGAUUCCGUGUUGGUAGAAACCAUGAAUUGUACUUUAGCUUUCAGAUCACAGCUGAUGAUGGGAUAGGGCUUGUUUGGAUCCGAAAAUUGUAGUUUUGGGGCUUUAGAAAACAAUGUAGAGGUAUUUCAGAAACUGAAGUGGGUGCACCUCUCAGCUCCCCACCAUCUCUGUUGUUUGAUAUAGAAGUUGAAUCAAGAGAAGAAAAUGAGCCUCUGAGGCUAUUUUGUUCGUAUCA